AUGAGCCGUGCCCGCGCGUUGCAGAAUCAGAUCGCUACAUUACUCCGCGACAUUUGGGCCACAAUGAGCUCGUAUGAUUCUUCUACGAGGAAUGUGAGAGGCUCAGAAUCAUCACUUGCAAGCAGUCCGUCAGAUGUCAUCGGUCGUUCAUCUGAUGCCAGCGUGACGAUCUGCGACAGCUGUUAUGAGAGCUUCAGACUGUGUUCGAAAAGCAUUAUCGGGACCAAUGGAGGAUAUCUUUGCGAUGACUGCAGUGGACAGCAGCAGUCGAGUCGUAGGCGUCGGCCACGAACCAACAAUGAUGCUACGGCGGAUGUGGCAAGUCGUGAAUCGAGAGAUGGCGCCAGACCGUCGGCUGUCUCGUCACAAGCUGGGCAGAAGCAAUACAGGAGUACAUAUGCUGGUGAUCGGAUCAUUGGAAGUGAAUGUGACAGUGGGCAAUACUAUUUCAGCCAGCAGUCGCCUCCAUCACCGUCACCAUCACGACUUGAGACGGUUGCCACGGCACAGACCAAGCAACGGACUUUGUUUACACCUUACAACACUGCAGAUCUUUCACACACCAAGUCAGACUCAUCAUCACAAGCCAGGAACGAUUCCAACACCCUUCGAGAUAUCAUGACCCCGGGCCAGACUCCUCCUGCUGCUAUGUCACAGGACGCCGCCCUGAAGCGGAAGUUCCCAGGCACUCCAGAACCCACGCCGACGAAGAGAACGAAGGCCACCCUCGAGGCCGGCUUCUCGACACCCAGAAAAGCUCUAGAAGCCUCCUCCCGAGCAACUCCAUCAACUGCACCCUUCACACCGCCAACUGGUGGUCAGCGUGCAAUCGGCCUCUUUGGUUCCCAAGCCCGCAGUUUAGCACGAGGCAACCAGAAAUCUCUGACCUUCAACGAAAAUGACCUACCACCAGACCAAGCCUUGCGUCUAUACCAAGGCGUAGAAAACAUGAUCAAGACCCUCCCGGCCAUGACCUACGAACCUCUCAUCGCUCUCGCCAAACGCCUCGAUGCUACUGAGAAGGAAAACCAGAAGCUCAAAGCCGACUUCAAGAACCUCGAGAAGAAUUUCGAAAGUUCCAUUCAAGAGCUCACGGUAAAGAUGAAUACCGCUCUCGGUCUGCACACCGGUGCCGAGAAUGCUGCAAACGGCCCGAGUUUCGGCAGCAGUGGCAGGGAUCAAGGUCAUGGGAGCCCAUCGAACUAG